AUGACCUUUGCUGUCCAAUUUUGCUGCUUGACUGAGAGAUUAUUCAAUACAAAAGAACCACAACAAGGUGUGGAUUUGUUAUGGUUCCUGUCAAGUGCUGAUUACUUGUUACACUGCAAGUUGAGUCGUUUGAUUUCUUUUGCACCCGAAAUAAAUUGGAAGUCUUCACCUACCUCUCCCGAGCCCCUCUCCCUUCCGGUGGAACCCACAUCCUCAAACCCAUCACAGCCCUCCACUCCCUCACUCUCUUCCUUCUUUUGCUCAUCAAGGCCAUUGGCUGCACCCUUUCCAUCGUAUCUCAUCCAUCUCCAUUGCACCAUAUCAUUUGCUUCCCUCCUAACACACCUCCCACCCGGCCCCUCUUUUUUCUGGCCCAACAUCAUCAAUUUUUCCAAGAUUCUUGAAUUCAUAGAUACCCUUUUGAUUAUCUUAGGCAAAUCGAAGAACUUAGUAAGAUGUGUCGGACCGGUCUGCCAGAUUGUGCAGCUCGUGUUCAGCUUUCUAGUUUCUGUUUUGAUACUUCACCAUCAGUUUACAAGAUUAGGUUGUUCUGGAAUCUGGGGUCGGUGUUUCAAUGCUGUUUUCAAUGCCUCUCUUUUGGCACUCUUUCUUGACUUUGAUGGCAAGAGUUAUGCCAACAAAAAGGUUGUUGGUAAGUAUAAAGGCUCAUGAUUCUGUACGAUUUGGCAAAUUGAUUGAUCAUUUUCAUCCUACUAUCCUAGUAACAAUGUAACAUCUUUUACUUGUUUUUAAUGAUUUCGAUUUGUCCAUUAUUGUUACUUCAACUUACUCUGCUGCCCAUAGCUAGAUGAACAAAAAUCAAUUGAGAUAUUGCCGAAAUAGAAGUACCACUA